CCUGUUUCCCCCCUGGUUCACUGAACUCCUGACCCCAGUUUGUGACAGACUGUGCUGCAUCUCUCCCAGGACUCCCACACGGAGCGAUGAGUCCUGUGUCAUCUGCUUUGUGACACAGGGGUGGUAUCGCACCAGGUGGCCCCUAAUAACCUCCGUGUGCCGUCACCACUGGACAUGUGCCAAGGUCUUCCCAGUCAUCAUAUGAGGUGCUUGGAAGUACAGAGGAAUGUAGCAAGUUCCUGCAAAGACACACAUAAACAAAUACACACAUGCACACCUCUACAAACUUCUUGCCCAUACUGGGGACGGCAGAUUCUCUCCACCCACCACAGCAGCUGGCACCAGCUCAGCCCCAUUUCAGAAAACCUAGAAUAAGCCCCAGAAAGAGACAACAACUCAGACUUCAUGGAAAGAUAAGACGAGCUCCCCAGACGCACACAUCUGCCCAGUUUUUGCAGAAGCGAUCCAGCUUGAGAUUUAUUGACUAAGCAGAAAAGAAAAUACAGACAAAAUCUGAUUUAAGUAGACAGCUACAGCACCCUGCUGGAGAUGAGGAGAGGAAUCGGCUCUUUGGUUCUCCUGGUGAUUUGGGCGACCUUGCUCAGUGGCCUUGACUGCUUGGGUGAACGCAAGUCAGUCAGCAGCAAGGAGGUGGGGAGGCCCAGGCCCCCACACCUCAUCUUUAUCAUGGUGGACGACCAAGGAUAUGGAGAUGUUGGCUACCAUGGCUCAGACAUCCACACACCCGUGUUGGACCGGCUGGCAGCAGAGGGGGUCAAGCUUGAAAAUUAUUACGUCCAGCCGAUAUGCUCCCCCUCUCGCAGUCAACUCAUGACAGGGCGCUACCAAAUUCACACUGGACUCCAGCAUUCGAUCAUACGAUCGCGUCAGCCCCUCUGCCUGCCCCCGGACAUUCCCACACUACCAGAGCAGCUCGUCGAAGCUGGAUACGCCACGCACAUGGUGGGGAAAUGGCACCUGGGCUUCAGCAGGCCGAGCUGUCUACCCACAGGACGUGGAUUUCAGAGUUUCCUGGGCACGCUGACUGGCAGUGGAGACCACUUCUCUUAUCAGAGCUGCGACGGGGCUGAAGCUUGUGGAUUUGACCUGCAUGAUGGAGACAGGCCCGCCUGGGAGAUGACUGGAAACUACUCCACGCUGCUCUACAUAGAGAGAGUGAAGCAGAUCAUGAGGAGCCAUGACCCCCACAAACCACUCUUCCUCUAUCUGUCCCUUCAGGCUCCGCAUACACCCUUGCAAGUCCCUGAACAUUUUCUGCACCGCUAUGAUUCGCAGGGCAAUCGUCUCAGGCGUCACUACGCAGCCAUGCUGAGCUGCCUGGAUGCUGGAGUUGGACAAAUUGUCCAGGAACUCAAAACUAGUUUGCUGUAUGAGAACUCAGUGCUGAUCUACUCAUCUGAUAACGGUGGUCAGCCACUCUCUGGGGGGAGCAACUGGCCUCUGAGAGGUGGCAAAGGGACUUACUGGGAAGGGGGCAUCCGAGCUGUGGGCUUUGUCCAUAGCCCCCUCCUCAGGAGGAAGGGUGUUAUCAGCAAGGCACUGAUCCAUGUUUCUGACUGGUAUCCCACAUUACUUGGGCUGGCCAGGGCCCCGCAGUCCCUCCGCGGCCUAGACGGUCACGAUGUUUGGGAAACCAUCAGCGAGGGCCUACCCUGUCCUCGCACUGAGAUCCUUUUCAACAUUGACCCAGUCUCCAGGAAGCCUGGGGAGCCAUAUGACAAGGCGUUGGUACUCAACGGCUUUGGGAUCUGGGACACAGCCGUAAGGGCAGCAAUCAGGGCUGGGGACUGGAAGCUAUUGACAGGAAAUGUAGGUGACGGGGACUGGAUACCACCACAGGCUCUACCCAGUGGUCCAGAACGGUGGAAGAAACUCGAGAAACGGCGCAAUAAGCUGGGGAAGUCCGUUUGGCUGUUUAAUGUCACCUCUGACCCCUUUGAGAGGUUGGACCUGGCAGAAGCCCGUCCAGAGGUUGUGAAACAUCUGCUGACCAGGCUGGCAGAGUACAACCAGACAGCUGUGAUGGCCAGGAAUCCACCAGAUGAUCCUAUGGCUGACCCUGAGCUCCACGGAGGGGUGUGGAGCCCAUGGCUGGACCUGGAGGGGCAAGAGGGGAAUACUGGGGAAGAGCAUGGCAGGAAAGAAAAGAUGAUGAAGAUUAAGCACUGCAAACUAUGCAAAUUAAAAGCUCUCUUCAAGAGGGUGGGGUCACGUCUGCAGAGGAACACCCUGUUCAUCUAAAUGCCUCAUCAGGCAACUAGAUAAACUAAAGGGUGCAUUAUGCUUCAAACAAACCAAGUUGUACAAAGUGUCGUCUGAAAGCAUUUGGACUCAGAAAUGUUAAUAACUGUUUUUGAUGGUCAUUUCACUGCGUUAGCUUACUUGUUACUUGGGCCGUUUUUCACCAAAGAAAAAUAAAUCAGAUAUUAGUGGAGGUCGGGGGUUUCAGACACUCUUCAGUGAACUGACAAAAACUGGAUUUGAAGCACACCUUGAACUGGAGAGAAAAGAAAAGGUAAAGAGAGAUGGAGACAAGCAAAAAUACAGACCAGCGGGCAAGGAGGCAGGUCAGAUAGACUUGAUAGAGCCACAAUCAAAUACUGAAGGUUGGCAGAUAAACAGGCAGCCCGAUAGACAAAGCAGACAGGGCUGUGCGGCUCGUUGGGCGAGCUGACUCACUCACUGUCCUGCAGCCAAACUGCAGCAGGGUGACUUUGGGCUGUCGCUGUACUGCAAACGGAACAAUGUGCGUGUCAUUGUGCAUGUAUUCAUGAACAGUUAGAUUAACACAGAUAGAGUGCAUACAUGUGGAAGAGAGGCCUGUAGAGAUGGGAGGAGGAAUAAAGGCAUGGACAGUGACCUCUCGACGUCUCAUCCCCUCAUCAUCCGAGAGGACCCUUAAAGGACGACACAAACACUGUGGGGGUUGCUUUUGUCAAAUGUCACCUUGUCCUUUCCGUCUUAGAGGCUAUACAGAUUUGUUUCUCCCCAUACUGUUACACACUCCUUGGAAAGACCUCCGACCAAAACUCAGAGUCCAGCCCCUGCAGCAUUGACUAACCCACAAAGGCUCAGUGGC